AUGGAGCCCCGCGACGUGACGGUGGUGCAGAGUGCCCGGGCUGUUCUAGACUGCCAGGCCCAAGGUCAACCUCCCGUCGACGUCAGGUGGCUGAGGAACCGCGUGCGGGUUCUGGCGAGCGAGCGGAUCCGGUUCCUGGCCAACGGUUCCCUGCUCAUCUCCAGCGUGAGGGGAGGAAGAGGAGGAGAAGUCUCAGACGAGGGCUUCUACCACUGCCUGGCCAAGAACAAAUAUGGAGCCAUCCUCAGCCAAAGAGCACGUCUCACAAUCGCAAGCGUCCCAUCCUUCAAGACGCAGCCCGCUCCUGUAACGGUGAGGAAGGGGUCGAUGGCCAGGCUCACCUGUGAGGUCACCUGCAGCCCCCCCGCCACCAUCACCUGGGAGCUCAACCAAAGCGCCCUGCCGGCUCAGCCAGAGAGAAUCACAGUCCUGCCAAAUGGAGUGCUUCAGAUCAGUGACGUGAGACUGGAGGAUGCUGGGAAUUACCGUUGCCUGGCGACCAACAUAGCGGGCCGGCUCCUGAGUGACGAGGCCACCCUGUCUGUCCACUCUGGUCCAGGCCCCAGAGCUGCUGUCAGGCCUGAGAUUGUCGUGGCACCCAAAAACAUCUCAGCUCCCCAGCAUCACACGGUUGUCAUGGAGUGUGUCGCCCGUGGCAACCCACAGCCCCUGGUGUCCUGGAGCAGAGCCGACUCCAAGCCCAUCGACGUGUUCAACGCCCGUGUGCUAGGCAACGGUAACCUGGUGAUCUCUGAUGCGCAGCCCCGCCACAGUGGUGUCUACCUGUGCAGAGCCAGCACCCCCCGCACCCGCAACCACACCUCCGCUGCUGCCAACCUCACCGUGCUGGCUUCCCCCUCCCUGGUGGAGCGCCCCGAGAGCCAGACCCACCCCCGCGCUGGCACUGCCCGCUUCACCUGCGUGGCGGAGGGGAUGCCCCGCCCACGCGUCACCUGGCUCAAGAAUGGCCACGAGCUGCACUCCAAUGGCAGGAUGAAGACAUACAACAGUAAACUGGUGAUCACACAGAUCAUGCCGGAGGACGACGCCAUGUACCAGUGUCUGGCGGAGAACUCCCAAGGUUCCGUGCUGUCUGUGGCGCGGCUGAUCGUGGUGAUGUCAGAGGACCGUCCGAGCGCCCCCAGGAACGUGCGGGCGGAGACCAUCUCCAGCUCGGCAAUCCUGCUGGCCUGGGAGCGGCCGCAGUACAACGCUGGCAAAGUCAUCGCCUACUCAGUGCACUACACCAAGGCCCAGGGCUUGAACAAUGAGGAGUACCAGGCCGUCAUCGGCAACGACACCACCAGCCACAUCGUGGACGAGCUGGAGUCGGCCGGCAACUACACCUUCUACAUCGUGGCCUACAUGCCCAUGGGAGCCAGCCGCAUGUCCGAGCAAGUCAGCCAGCACACCCUGGAGGAUGUUCCUCUGCGUACUCCGGAGCUGAGUCUGGCAAGCCUGAGCCCCACUGACAUCCUGGUGUCAUGGCAACCGCUGUCGGUGAAGCUGAGCCGCGGCCGUAUCCUGGCGUACCGCCUGUCCUUCCGCACGGCGGCCGAUGACGACGAGACAGCGCUGGAGUUGCCGGGAGACAACAUCACGCAGCACCUCCUGCAGGACCUCCAGCCCGACACCAUCUACCUGCUGCGCAUCGCCGCCACCACCCAGGUGGGCUGGAGCCAGCCGUCCGCCUGGAGCUCCCACCGCACACCCAAGACCUCGAGCUCCACAGUUCCCCUGGCCCCAGUGCUCAGGCUGCAGCCCAUCAACUGCACCUCCAUCUCUGUGCGCUGGCACCCUCUCCCUGGCAGCACCGUUGCCCUGGGUUACCGCCUCUACUACCAUGAGGAGGGCCAACCAGAGGACGGCAGCCACCAGCUUUCAGCCGAGGAGCUGCAGUUCACCAUCACAGGCUUGGGCCCAAGAGAGAAGUACCACGUGAAGCUGCUGGCUUUCAGUCAGAAUGGAGAAGGUUACCACGCCGACCAGACUGUCAGCACUCCAGGAUGCCCAUCUGCCCCCACGCGUCGUGUGGCCACUCUGCCGUCACCUGACCACCUGACCGCCACAUCCCAUAACUCCUCAGCGGUGCUGCUGCGCUGGAGGCGGCCGGCCUUCGCCUCCGUGAGGCAGGUCAACUACACGGUCCAGUUCAGUCCAGUGGGCCCGCAGAACGCCUCCGCCGUCCACUACGUCCACACCACUAACCAGAGUGUGCUGGUCCUCGGUCUGAAGCCCAACACGCGCUAUGAGUUUGCCGUCCGUCUCCAUCUGGACCAGGUGUCCAGCUCCUGGAGUCCACAUGUCUACCAGAGGACACUGCCCGAAGCGCCACAGCGGCCUCCGGCGUCCAUCCGGGUUCUGCUGAUCGAGGAGCGGACGGCGCUGGUGUCGUGGCAGGAGCCGGAGCAGCCGGGCGUGGUGGUGGGGCGAUACACCGUGCUCUACGCCACACACACCGCAUGGCUGGCGGGGGAGUGGCAGAUCCUUCAGAGGGAGGGCACCAACACCAUGGCUCUGUUAGAAAACCUGGAACUGGGUAACGUCUACGUGAUCAAGAUCUCAGCGUCCAAUCAGGUUGGAGACGGACCCUUCUCCAGAGCCGUGGAACUCUCUGUGCAGAGUGGGCGGAGCCACCAGGGGAAAACCCCCAGACACACACACACAGCCUCAGAGACCACAGCCUUCUCUGAUGGCCUGUACACCCUGGACCAGAGGUCCAUGACUGGGAUCAUUGCUGGAGUGUGUAUCGCUCUGGCCUGCAUGGUCAUGUGUGUCUUCAUCCUGAUCGGCAAGAGCAAGGCCAGAAGGAAGUCUGUACCCUGUAAACCUGCGGGGCGGAUCUCUGGAGCUUCUGUGGUCUCACCUGCUGAUGGCCAGCCAGAGAGUGUGGUGGUUCUGGUACCCAUGAUUGGGAGCCAUUUAAUUGACUCAAAGGGUGGGAGCAAUCUGGUGAUAACCACUACUGGCCCCAUCAUUGCUGGCAGUCCGAACAAGAGCAGGAGGUGGAACUUCUUCAGUAAAGAGAACAAUCAUCACUCCAGGAAAGAAAAGCUUCAGACGCGUGGCUGUUUGUACGAAGCAGGGAAGACCCUGCUGAGGUACGAGGAGGAGCUGACAGUGGCCAAUCAGCAGCCGGAGUGUCUGCGCCUCCCCCGCGGCCCCCUGGGCGACUCGGAGGGCUCGGAGAGCAACAGCAGCCAGGAGACGGGCGACUCAGGACACUACUCCCACGACGAGGGCAACGAGACGGACGCCGCCGCCGCGCCGCAGUCAGGGUGGCGAGGAGAAAAGGAGCGACGCGGGUCUCUGUCGGAGGAGAUAUGCUGUAGCGUGCCUCUGGACAGCACUGAGGAGGAGGCCAGCUGCUCCCCCACAGUCUGCCAGUAGAGGGCAGUGGUGGUGCCUGCAGGGCGCUCCUGCUGUGGAGCUCCUGUAGGUCACUGCUAGCCCUAGCCCUAGCCUCUGCUAGGCUCAAUCUAACCUCAGGAAAAGGCCACUCGGUCGCGAGUGGUGGGUUCAUGGAGCUUUAGACCCCCCUCAGGGGUCACCUUACUUCACCUUAAGGGGUGCCUUCCUCUCUCUACCCUCUCUCCUCCUCCUCUUUUUUCUCCCCUACCUCAUGUCUUCCCUCUACCUCCUCUUCCUCUUCCUCCUCCUCUCU